UUAAGCCGGUUGGACGUGUGCGAGCUCGAAGGUCUAGCGCGUGGUGGUGCGCCGACGGUUUUAACUCGAUCCGCGUGCUUUGCAUUCCGUGACACCGUUAAGAGCACAUGGCGGCGCCAUAGAAUCAACAGUUGGACACUGCACUGGGAGAGAAAAAGCAGCAGGUUGUGUAACGAUUUUGUCCAUUUCGGUAUAGCAAACCACCACCGCCGUUUGGUCGCUCGCUCUGGGCCUGAGCGUAAACAAAGCAAAAAGAAAUUGAAGUAGUGCUGCGGUCUCCGGGGUUUGAUUGUGGAGCAGUGCGGACUGAAUCGAUGAGCUGUGUUGACGACAGAGCUGUUGAAAUAGUUAAUUGAGUAAUCGACCGUUUAAACAGUGAAAAAGCCGGUUUCUGAUUUGAAGAAUUCGUUGCAUAGAGUGAUGAUAAUAAUUUGCAAGAAGGUUAUUUGAACUGAAAUUUGAUCAGCUGAUUAGGAAAGGUUAAAGGAUUGAAAUUUGAGCAGAUCGUGCAGAAGCACAGCUAAUUGACGGGCUUAGUAUGACGCAUACCGGUGAUUCCCUGCGGUACACCACAUCUUGAGAUGAUUGGCCUUCACCUUACAUGCGGCGAAAGAAAGCAAAACAAUUGAGCAGAAAAUCGAGCAAAAAAGUAAUUGUGAGAAACCCAAAUAGGCGUUAAGUUCCAACAGCCGUAUCACUACACGCGGUAAAUUACUGACUGUCUCCGUGGCCUGGGUCUAAUGGCAGAAGUGAAAGCAGCAGAUAAGUCAGAUGAAUCCAAGGAAAUUACCGAACAGUUGGAGAAUGCCGACUACUUUUUGCGCAACAUAUUCAUCCCUGCCGAUACGGGAGGAAACCUGGGAAUGCACCUGAGUCGGACUCCGUGGGACCCCUAUCCGUGGGUUAGUGGCGUUCUGGCGGGGUCUUGUGCAGAGCAGGCAGGAGUACGAGUUGGCGAUUGUGUCUUGGAGGCAAAUGGCGAGGACUUACUGGGACUUAAAAUAGUUGAUAUUGCUAAGCGCGUUAGGAACAGCAAACAAAGCGCGAAACCACGACCAGGUGUCAGCUUGAUGCUGUGGAACUCUGGAUUCGAGAAAAAUAACCUCAACCCACAGUCAUUGUCUCGAUUCGCCAGCUGUCUUCAGGGCAUUUCCGGGCUGUUGGAAUGCCCUGUGUGCAUGGAAAUUAUUCGGCCCCCCUCGUGGCAGUGUUGCCAUGGUCAUCUCAUAUGUUCCAGUUGCCGCUCUAAGAGCACCAAGUGUCCGAUUUGCCGAGUGAUACUGGGACGGGGCCGGUGCAUAGUGGCAGACAAAUUGUUCAAUUUCCUGGUACAAACGCUCGGCCAUCAUGAAGGGGAAAAGCAUCGGACAGCGCAGAAGCCAUCUAAUUUACAGCAAAUCAGUGCUCGCCUGCCGUUGCUUUCACGUGACCAUCGACUAUGUAAACAAUCGUUAAAAUUAAAAGCAAAUAGCUACAUCGCCAGCACUGAUGACCCAACCGCCCUCAGGAUCACUAAACUGGCACCGCUGCCGCUUCAAUUUUGCUGCCCGUCCGGCCAACCGUGUGAUAAAAUGAAAAAUCAACAUGACAUAUUAAUUCAUUUGCAGAAAUCUCAUCAAACGAGUGUCAUGCAGUAUUAUGCAGCUGCCGGCGACCAGCUUAGUAUAAAUUUCAAUGAAUCAUGUGUAACGUGUAUCGUUCUGGUACCCGAAACCGUGCCGGACGAAAACAACAACUCUGGGCAGAACUCCGGCUCUAAUGAUAAUUGCGGUCACAACAGAAUCAAAUUAGAAUCAGGGGCCAUUUCAGAGCAGAACGAAAUAUUCUUCCUCGCCCGGUUUCGCUGCAUCCAGGCCAGCAAUCAAGCCCUUUAUUGGUUGUGGUACCUUGGUUCCCUGGAGGCCAUCAACCGGUUCCAUGUAACCUUAUCGGAUGCACAUAGUAAAGCCAGUUGGAGUGGAAGUCCGGUAUCACUUCGGCAGAACUGUAAAGAAGCCCUGAAAACCAAACAGUAUAUCAAACUGGACUAUGCUACGAAAGGGCUGCGUGUUAAGGUUGACUUUGUGGAAUAAAUAGGUGUUGUUU